AUGAGUUUAGAAAUUUUUUCAGAUAGCAAGCACUAUGUUCUGGUGCACGGGGCUUGUUAUGGAGCUUGGCUUUGGUACAAGCUGAAGCCACGCUUGGAAUUUGCAGGCCACAAGGUCACAGUGCUGGACCUUGCAGCUUCCGGCACCAACACGCAGAAAAUAGAAGAUGUUCAUACUUUCUCACAGUACUCUGAGCCUUUGUUGCAGUUAUUGGCCUCAAUUCCCCCAAAUGAGAAAGUAGUUCUAGUAGGUCACAGUCUUGGAGGGCUCAAUAUAGCACUUGCCAUGGACAAGUUCCCAGAAAAGGUUGCAGUUGGUGUUUUCGUAGCUGCUGUAAUUCCAGACACUGAACACAAACCAUCCUAUGUCUUGGAACAGUUAAUUGAGGUUACAUUGGGGAUGAAUUGGUUGGACACUGUAUUCUCCCAGAGUGAAAAUAAAACGACAAUUACUUUCGGUCCCAAAUUUCUGUCCGAAAAGCUCUACCAAGCCUCAUCCACUGAAGAUGUAGAAUUGGCCACGACCUUAGUAAGACCAGGAUCCCUCUUUAUCGAAGACUUGUCCCAACAGAAAAACUUCUCCAUGGAGGGAUACGGGUCAGUUCCUCUCGUUUUUAUUGUUUCCACUGAUGACCAUGAAAUUCCAUUGGGUUUUCAGCUCUGGAUGAUUAAAAAUGCUGGAAUCAACGUUGAAGUUGUAGAGAUCACAGGCGCAGACCAUAUGCUUAUGAUUAGCAAGCCACAAGAACUAUGUCGCUCUCUCCUGCAUAUAGCUACUAAAUAUGCAUGA